AUGAUGCUCUCCAAUCUCACCCUUUUCGCAACCCUAGCCACCGGAGCCCUAGUCCACGGCGCCCAAUUCCGCGUGUUCGACAACACAGCCUACACAAACACAUCUAUCGGCUACGGCGCAACCCCUAUAAACUGGAUCCCAGCGUACGUCUGUAACCCACUCACCAAAGGGUCCGUCCUACCCCCCGCCGAGACCUGGAAAGCCAUCGUCCGCGAAUGGAACAUCCACCCAGGCUACCCACUCGUCCUAGACUGCGAGAACAUCUACUUCACGAGCACAGAAAACGCAGACCAGAAUCUCGAAAUCAUGUCCGCGCUGCAAACCUGGGCCGCGGACGUGGUGAGCCCCAACCAGAUCAUCGGCUGGUAUGGUCUGUCGGGGAAUACCAUUCCGGCGAUGUAUGGGCAUUACCGCAGUUUGAUUGCGAAUUAUAGUCGGCAUGCUUUUUUUCCGUCUGCGUAUACGUUUACGGAUAGUUUUGAUGAUUGGGAGAAGAAGCUUGAUUCUGUUGUCGGCGUGAUCAAGGAGAUCAAUGGCAGCUUGCCCGUUUGGCCCUACACGUGGCCGCAAUAUCAUAAUAACUAUACCUUUUUCCCCGUUGAUCUGUGGGAAAGGGAGUUACAGGCGCUGGCGGAGAAUGAGGAUCUUGAUGGGUUUGUUAUCUGGGGUGGGAAGAACCAUGCUGUUUGCAAUGAUGCCUGCCAGGCUACGGCGGGCCAGCAGCCUUGGUUGAAUACGACGCGGUCGUUUCUGAGUGAUCUGUAUGGUCUCUUUAACGGUCUGGCAAAGAGGGAGGGAGCACAGGUAUUUGGAUAUGCAGAGUAG